AUGAAUAAACAAUUUAAGGUAGCCUUGAUAGGAGAUUCUAGGAGUGGAAAGUCAUCACUUAUAAGAUGUUUAAAGGGUGAAGAGUUUCUAUAUGAAACAUAAGAAACUAUAGGAAUUGAUUUUUAUCAAAGAAUUCUUGAUUUCAAAAAUAUCAACUAUACAUUUAAACUCUAUGAUACUAGUGGUUGCGAAGCCUAUAGACAAAUUUUAAAUAGAAUUUUAAGUUAAAUUGAUGCAGCUAUUAUCUGCUUUGAUGCUUCAUAAGAUAAAUAUUAAGAACAAAUAGCAAAUUGGUGUCAUUUAUUAGAAAAUGAAUUAAGAACAAUACCAACUUUUAUUUUGGGGAAUAAAAUAGAUAUUUAAGAUUUGAGUAUGACUUCAGAUAUAUCAACUAAAUAUCCAGUGUUUUAUGUUUCUGCUAAGACAGGAGAAAAUGUUUAGAAAUGUUUUAAUAAAAUAUUUAUGUCAUUGACUCCUUAGAAGCAUCUUAUGAUAAAAUAAAAGGCAAAAAAUAGAUAGAGUAUGUGGGGUUUACUUUGUUCUUGUUGCAAAGGAGAAUGA